AUGUUGCGCUGUUCCCACGUCCUCUACCAAAACGUUCGAUAUCGUCGCCCCCUAGGUCGGGCAUCCAUACGGACAAUUAAGUUCUGGCGUCCUCCUACACGAAGUCGGUCGGAUGACGCGGCCAGCCUUUGCGAAACGGAUCUCCCCGUGCCAGAUGUUGUCCACGUACACGUCCGACUUCCCAGGAAGUGGAAGCCUCGCGCGGGUCAGUACAUCUACCUCUCCGUGCCCGGUGCGAGCCGUACCUCUUUCGCGCAGCUACACCCGUUUUACGUUGCUUGGCGGCAUCGGGACCGCGGCAACGACUAUGCCGUCCUCAUCGUCCAGAAGCAGCGGGGCUUCAGCAGACGCCUAUUCUCACGCCGUGGCAAUGACGUAGACUGCGCUUCGGACAUGAUGGCACUGGUAGAGGGCCCGUACGGAAAGGAGCUCCGCCUCGAUCUAUACGGCACCGUGCUUCUGUUCGCGACGGGCAUAGGGAUAGCAGGCCAGCUACCCUACGUCGAGCACCUGCUGACGGGAUACCAAAAUUGCGAGGUUAAAACCCGAAGGAUAGCGCUGUUCUGGGAAGUCGAGUCCGAAAUCCAGACAGCUUGGGUUGCGGAUAGAAUGCAAAUGCUAUUGAAAAGUGAUACCGAUCGGGUCCUUGAUAUCCGUAUUUUUAUCCUGGGAGAUUUCCUAUCGCCGGUAGAAACAAGCCGAGGAGAUUGCAAAAAGCUCGGCAAGCGUAUCAGUAUGAGAUACGACGCUUUACCUGUGGAAGAAGUCCUUCACCAAGAGCUGCAACGGCGGAAAGGACAGACUGUGAUAUCCCUUUGCACGAAUACCAAAAUGAGUGGCAGAAUCCGCGAAGCGGUUCGGAAUACGGCCGACGAUAACAUCUCCGUCAAGGAGUUGGAUUUUCAGCCUCCUAAUAACGCCUGUCGGGCGAAAAGCAUUAUAACUAUAUAA